AUGUCCGCCAAACACUUCAUCAACGAUCCUACCCACCUCGUCACGUCUGCUCUCCGCAGCCUCACUAUUACAAACCCAUCCAUCGCCCUGGAUGUGGACAAUAAAAUCGUCUACCGUCGCCCUUCUCCCAAUGCUACUCAACAGGUAUCCAUCAUCUCCGGUGGAGGCUCUGGCCAUGAGCCCUCCUUCGCCGGCAUGGUCGGCCAGGGCAUGCUCUCCGCCGCCGUAGCUGGCACCAUCUUCGCGAGUCCCUCAGCAGAGCAGAUCCGCGCGGCCAUAACCUCCCGCGUCGAUACCUCCAAGGGCGUACUUGUCAUUGUCAUGAACUACACUGGAGAUGUGCUCAACUUUGGUAUGGCUGUGGAAAAGGCCAAGGCCGCUGGGCUCGCUUGCGAGAUGGUCGUGGUAGGCGACGAUGUAGGCGUCGGCCGCGCAAAGGCCGGCAAGGUCGGGCGCCGUGGAAUUGCAGGGACAGUUCUCGUCCUUAAGAUCGCCGGUGCCCUGGCAGCAUUAGGACGGCCCCUGGAUGAAGUGGCUACGCUCGCCCGCGCGAUGGCAGCUAACUUGGUGAGCGUGGGAGCCAGCUUGGAGCAUGUCCACGUCCCAGGCCGCAAGCUCAAUACGGAAGAAGGCUUGGAAGUUGGAGAAGUUGAGGUCGGAAUGGGUAUUCACAACGAACCAGGAUCCGAGAGAUCGAAGCUGGAGCUACCUGAGCUGGUCAGCAAGAUGCUUACCCAGCUCCUGGAUCCCAGUGACAAGGAUCGCGCGUUUGUCAACUUCAGCUCCAACGAGACAGUUCUUAUGAUAAACAACCUCGGCGGCGUCAGCGUCCUCGAAAUGGGCGGCAUCACCACCGAAGUCGUGACCCAGCUGGAGGCCAAGCACGGCAUCCGACCCGUCCGCAUACUCUGCGGCACUUACAUGACCAGCCUGAACGGGUUGGGCUUCAGCAUCAGCCUGCUCCAAGUGCCGCCUCAAAAACCCGACGCCCCAGGCGUGAUAGAGUUGCUCGACGCUUCCGCAGAAGUCGUCGGGUGGUCCGCGCCAAUUCAGACGAGCACCUGGGAUGCCAAGAACACAGCCACGAUGACCGACAGCACUGGCGCCAGUCACGAGACCAAGAGCAGCGACCUUAAGAUGGACGCCGCGGUGGCUCAAUCCGCUUUGAAGAACGCCCUGGAUCGAGUCAUUGCCGCUGAACCUGAUAUCACCAGAUACGAUACAGUGGUCGGAGACGGAGAUUGCGGUAUCGGCCUGAAGAGGGGAGCCGAAGCAAUCCUCAAGCACCUAGGUGAACAUCCUCUCACCGGCGAUGUCAUACGGGAUCUCGGAGCCAUUGUGUCCAUCGUAGAGAACAACAUGGACGGCACGUCUGGUGCCCUGUUCGCCAUCUUCCUAAACGCCCUCGUCCACGCACUCAGCGGCGUCGCCGGCACCGCGUCUCCCGAGGUAUGGGCAAAGGCACUGAAGCAGAGCAACGAGGCCCUAUCCAAGUACACGCCCGCACGCCCAGGUGACCGCACCUUGGUCGACGCACUGUACCCCUUCGUCGAGGUCCUCGGCGAGACGGGUGACGUCAAGAAGGCAGCCGAGGCAGCAAGAAAGGCCGCAGACGAGACCAAGGGCAUGCAGGCCAGUCUCGGCCGUUCGGUUUAUGUUGGAGGCAGUGGAUAUCAGGAGGUUCCUGACCCUGGUGCUUGGGGUCUUGCGUGUUUCUUCCUUGGGUUGAGCGAUUGA